GCGAAGGAAAACGUAUACCUCGUGAGCAGUGAGUGCGCACACUUUCUUCUACUUUCUUCUUUCUCUGCUUCUAAUUUCCCACCCGAACCUCUCCUUCGACGCAAUUUCACGGCAAGAACAGAAUUAUUAUAGGGGAAGAGAGAGAGGGAAAUUUGAUUGACGGAAAAUGACGUCAGAUGGGGCGAUAUCGGCGUCGGCUAUGAGGAGGAAGCCGUCGUGGAGGGAGAGGGAGAACAAUCGGAGGAGAGAGAGGAGGAGAAGAGCUAUAGCGGCGAAGAUAUAUACUGGAUUGAGGGCUCAAGGGAACUACAAUCUGCCCAAACACUGUGAUAACAAUGAGGUUUUGAAGGCUCUCUGUGUUGAGGCUGGAUGGAUCGUUGAAGAAGAUGGCACCACCUAUCGCAAGGGAUGCAGGCCACCCCCAUCUGAUUUAGCAGGGACUUCAGCUAGAAUAACUCCAUAUUCUUCUCAGAACCCGAGUCCAUUGUCCUCUUCCUUUCCAAGCCCAAUUCCUUCUUACCAAGUUAGUCCCUCCUCAUCGUCCUUCCCUAGCCCUACCCGAUUUGAUGCUAACAACUCAUCUUCCCUUCUUCCUUUUUUCCGGAAUGCCAUCCCUUCUUCUCUUCCUCCGCUUCGAAUCUCAAAUAGUGCACCAGUGACCCCACCCCUCUCGUCCCCCACCUCGAGAAACCACCCCAAGCCAAUCCCCAAUUGGGAGUCCAUUGCCAAAGAAUCCAUGGCUUCCUUCAAUUACCCUUUAUAUGCUGCCUCUGCCCCUGCAAGCCCAACUCACCGUCGUUUUUAUGCUCCUGCAACGAUACCUGAAUGCGACGAGUCUGAUACCUCCUCCACUGUUGAUUCUGGUCAGUGGUUGAAUUUUCAAAAGUUUGCUCUGUCCAAUGGGGGUGCUGUGCCAACCUCUCCAACCUUUAAUCUUAUAAAACCAGUUGCUCAGCAAAUUUUGAGUAAUGAUAAGAUGGAGAUAGGAAGAGGUUCGGAGUUUGCCUUUGAGAAUGAACAGGUGAAGCCAUGGGAAGGGGAGAGGAUUCAUGAGGUAGGAUUGGAUGAUCUGGAGCUCACACUUGGAAGUGGGAACGCUCGGAGUUAGGAUCGGUGGCACCCUUGAAAGGCAUGGUAACGUAAGGCACAAAAGUACAGAAGAGAAGGCAUUCUUCCUCUGGUUCAUUUGUUUUGUUGUAAAAAGCUUUUGCAAUCGUGUGUCUGUUCCCCUGGGGUGGUUUGCAUAUCUUGAAUCAAAAUUAGUUCUUGGUUUCUUGGAAGUUUUAUCUUUGUCUCAUAUUAAGAUGUCUUCAACAUUGUAUUGUCAUUGAUGAGCGAAUUCCUUUGAUCUAUUGUUAGGGAUGCGUUGAGAGACGGUACAUGUAGAUAUCCUUCAUACCUUGAACUUUCGGUUUGAUGUAAUGUUUGGAGUA